AUGGAUGAGGAUCGUUAUUUAUACUCUCCGCUGGGUAUUAUGUUUGUUACUAUGGGUGAAAAUCAUGAACAAGUCUCGUUUGCUUAUCCGUUUCAAAAUGCUUCAACUGUUACAUCCGAGUUGCAAUCUUUUUCAUCCUCUGAACCGUAUCCAACUAUUUGUGCACAAUCACUGAAAGGUAGUGAAGAGCGUAAUAGCAGUGAUGCAGAACAAUAUGGGGUACCAACAAAAAUUCUUUCACAUCUACUCUCUGCUAGGGGUAUUUGUGAAAAACCAUUCGAAAUUAAGAUUGAUAAUAUACGAUUUGCUGGUUUUCCUAAAACCGUCUCACAUCCAACCGGUCGCUCACCGCAGACGUUUCAUGUUGUUUUCAUUUUAAUUGCAAAGGUGACAGCUGAUCUCGUUACUUCAUUUCAGGAACUCAGUCGUAAAAUUGCCAUUGCAAUUGAUGAAGAGCAAACACGUUGUGAUUAUUUGGCAGAACAGAUGACAAUAAUAUUAAAUGAACAUGAAAAAAACGAAUCACUUCCAGAAGGUCAGGCAUUUCCGUAUCAUGAGGUGCUAGCACACUGUUCACUGGCACAAGAUCUUCGAGAUAUAUUCAGUGAUGUUAGUGAACAUGGCGUAGUUCACGUUUUCCUAAAUGAUUGUAUUGAGGUGGGCUUUUGCGUCGAACCGCGUGCGCUUUUGCAUGCGGGAUUGACGCCUAAGACGAGGAGUGAAAUAGAGGCAACUAUCCGACGCCUACGGCCAUAUCAUGGAAUUUUGCUUCUGGAAGAUGCUAUACCAGGACAUGAUUCAAAUCCGGCAUUACAUUUUUUCCUGAAACAUUGUCAUCCGGAUCAAAGUCUAAUAAGCAUCAGCGACUCAUCGGGUCUUUCAUUGUUCCAAGUUCUUACUGUCGUUAGACAUUUGCUAUUAUGGGCACGCGCUAUCGUCAUAUAUCCACUGUGCAGUAGUAAUGUUUACACUUCCGCAACUUCACCGAAACCGUUGUCAAGGCUAAGUGAACAAUUCAGUGAAAUUUUCGAAAAUGCUCAUUUACCUACUAUACUGGCGCAAUUCUCUCCACCAUGUACAUUAGAGGAAUUCACGAACGCUUCAAUGCAUAGUUUCAGUGAGCAGCAACUUCGCAUACGAAUGGUUGCACGACUAUUGCGAGAUGAACUAAUCAUGCAACUUCAUACAUUUCUUUAUUUGAUGCCACCUUUUUCACAUGAAAUUAUCAAUGAAUCUACUAUGGAUAUAGAUCAAGAUGAUCACUUGAACCGUUUAUUGUCAAGUGUAAUGUUGACAACCGAAGUUAAAGCUUCAGUGAUUCAAGUAUAUAAAACAAUGCUUAAGCGACAUCCACAGCAGUGUGCUGAAGACUUGCUUGAUCUGUUUUUAAAACUGGUACCUUACUUACGUGGUGAACAUCAUGUCGAAGAUAUAAUGUAUAGAAUGAAUUUGGAGCGAUCAUCUAUAAUGCGUGUUUUGGAUACAUUUGCUUGCGUAAUUGCACCGUUUAUGAGACCAGAAUAUGUUUAA